AUGGCUCGCUUUGGGGAGGCGGUGGCCGGCAGGCUGGGCUCCGGAGACGGGGGGUCCGACCAGAACCGGAGCCGGCAAGGACCUCCUGCUCCUGCGGGAGGGACCCCGGGAGCCUUCAAGCAAACCAAAGCGCAGAGAGCCCGGACUAUGGCUCUGUACAACCCCAUCCCUGUCCGGCAGAACUGCUUCACCGUCAACAGAUCGCUCUUCCUCUUUGGGGAAGAGAACAUAGUCAGGAAAUACGCUAAGAAGCUCAUCGACUGGCCUCCCUUCGAGUACAUGAUCCUGGCGACCAUCAUUGCCAACUGCAUUGUGCUGGCCCUCGAGCAGCACCUCCCUGAGGAUGACAAGACACCCAUGUCACGGAGAUUAGAGAAGACGGAGCCCUACUUCAUCGGGAUUUUCUGCUUUGAGGCUGGGAUUAAGAUCGUGGCUCUGGGGUUUGUUUUCCACAAGGGCUCGUACCUGCGCAAUGGCUGGAAUGUCAUGGACUUCAUCGUGGUCCUCAGUGGCAUCCUCGCCACAGCUGGGACGCACUUCAACACCCACGUGGACCUGCGGACGCUGCGGGCUGUGCGCGUGCUCAGACCUCUGAAGCUUGUCUCGGGCAUUCCCAGCCUGCAGAUUGUGCUGAAAUCCAUCAUGAAGGCCAUGGUGCCUCUCCUCCAGAUUGGCUUGCUGCUCUUUUUCGCUAUCCUCAUGUUUGCCAUCAUUGGCCUGGAGUUUUACAGUGGGAAGCUGCACCGAGCCUGCUACACAAACAAUUCAGGUGAACUAGAGGAGCUGGACCCCCCCCAUCCGUGUGGGGUCCAGGGUUGCCCCCCAGGCUACGAGUGCCGAGAGUGGAUUGGUCCCAACGAUGGGAUCACGCAGUUUGACAACAUCCUCUUUGCUGUGUUGACUGUCUUCCAGUGUAUCACCAUGGAAGGGUGGACCACAGUCCUGUACAAUACCAAUGAUGCCUUAGGAGCCACCUGGAACUGGUUGUACUUCAUCCCCCUCAUCAUCAUUGGAUCCUUCUUUGUCCUCAACCUUGUCCUGGGAGUGCUGUCAGGGGAGUUUGCCAAAGAGCGUGAGCGAGUGGAGAACCGCCGAGCCUUCAUGAAGCUGCGGCGCCAGCAGCAGAUCGAGCGGGAGCUCAACGGCUACCGGGCCUGGAUAGACAAAGCAGAGGAAGUCAUGCUGGCUGAAGAGAACAAAAAUGCUGGGACCUCAGCCUUAGAAGUGCUCAGGCGAGCCACCAUCAAAAGGAACCGGACGGAUGCCAUGAACCGUGACUCGAGCGAUGAGCACUGCGUCGAUAUCUCCUCCGUGGGUAACCCCUUAAGUCACUCUGGCCUCAAAGGCGCCAGAGUGGAUGGUGCCUCCUACUUUCGGCACAAGGAGCGACUCCUGCGCAUCUCCGUUCGCCACAUGGUGAAAUCCCAGGUCUUCUACUGGAUCGUCUUGAGCCUGGUGGCUCUCAACACUGCCUGCGUGGCCAUUGUCCAUCACAACCAGCCAGCCUGGCUCACCCACUUCCUCUACUAUGCAGAGUUCCUCUUUCUUGGGCUCUUCCUCCUGGAGAUGUCCUUAAAGAUGUACGGGAUGGGGCCACGCCUUUACUUCCAUUCUUCCUUCAACUGCUUUGACUGUGGGGUCACGGUGGGAAGCAUCUUCGAAGUGGUUUGGGCUAUCUUCAGACCAGGAACCUCUUUUGGGAUCAGUGUCCUACGAGCCCUUCGUCUCCUGCGAAUAUUUAAAAUAACCAAGUACUGGGCAUCCCUGAGGAAUUUGGUGGUGUCGCUGAUGAGUUCCAUGAAGUCUAUUAUCAGCCUGCUCUUCCUCCUUUUCCUCUUCAUUGUAGUCUUUGCCCUCCUGGGAAUGCAGCUGUUUGGAGGCAGGUUUAACUUCAUCGAUGGGACGCCGUCGGCCAACUUUGACACUUUCCCUGCAGCCAUCAUGACGGUGUUCCAGAUCCUGACGGGUGAGGACUGGAACGAGGUGAUGUACAACGGCAUCCGCUCCCAGGGAGGCGUUCGCUCAGGCAUGUGGUCCUCCAUCUAUUUCAUCGUCCUCACCUUGUUUGGAAACUAUACUCUGCUGAACGUGUUCUUGGCUAUUGCGGUGGACAACCUGGCCAACGCUCAGGAGCUCACCAAGGAUGAGCAGGAGGAAGAGGAGGCCUUUAACCAGAAGCACGCCCUUCAGAAAGCCAAAGAAGUCAGCCCCAUGUCCGCCCCAAACAUGCCUGCUAUCGAAAGAGACAGGCGAAGGAGACACCACAUGUCGAUGUGGGAGCCACGCAGCAGCCACCUGUAUGUGGGCCGACGCAGACCCCUCAUGUCGGUGUGGGAGCAGCGCACCAGCCAGUUGCGCCGGCACAUGCAGAUGUCCAGCCAGGAGGGCAUCAACAAGGACGAGCCACCUCUCAUCAACCCCCACGCCAGCAUCUUCCGCAGGAAGAAACCCGGGGACGGCGUCACCCUGGAGAAAUGCGCCGAGGAGCAGGGUGGCAAGGGCGAGCGGCCGCCGGCUGAGGGCCCCGAGCAGCCGGCCCCGGGGGCCAAUCCUGGCAGUGGUGAGGACAGGAGGAGCCCGUCACCCCGGGCCAAGCGAGACAAGGAGCUGUGGCACCAGAAAUCGUGCCACGGGAACUGUGAGGCGGGUGAGCAGGAUGGUGCAGGAGGCAGCAUUGGGAACAGGGCGCGGAUGAGGCAGAGCCAGCGGCGCAGCCGGCACCGCAGAGCCCGGAUGGAGGGGAAGGAGCCAGCCAGCGCUCUGGGGAGCCGGUCGGCUAGCCAGGAGGUGGGUCUGGAGGAGGCCAGCCCCACAGAGGGGGCGCAGGAUGGGGACCAGUGCGGUGAUGCGGCCGCAGCGGAGGCACUGAUUCAGGGGGAUCUGGAGGCGAGCGGAGAGCCCAUCAGGUUGGUACUCAGGGAGGGCAUCUUGCAUUUCCCACGCGAUGCCGAGCUGGUUGGGACCACCGAGGAGGGGAGCCCCCUGCAAGCGGUGCCCGAGCCCCCCCGGCGGAAGACGGGCAGCCUGACGGAGCAGGACUGCAGCAGCCUGGACACCAGCGAGCAAGCGCUGCUGGAGGCCAGCCGCACUGUCAGCCGGAGCGAGCCCGACCUCUCUUCUGUCACCCCCAACACCGAGAAGGCAACGGAGAGCACCACCAUCAUGAUCGAUGUCCACGACUCUGCUGUGGUACAGAUUAGCAACAAGACAGACGGCGAAGCCAGCCCCUUAAAGGAGGCCGAGGCCAAAGAGGAUGAGGAGGAGAUGGAGAAGAAGAAGCGGAAGAAGGAGAAAAGUGAGACGGGCAAAGCGAUGGUGCCACACAGCUCCAUGUUCAUCUUCAGCACCACCAACCCGGUGCGGAGGGCUUGCCACUACAUCGUGAACCUGCGCUACUUCGAGAUGUGCAUCCUCCUGGUGAUUGCCGCCAGCAGCAUCGCCCUCGCGGCGGAGGAUCCCGUCCUUACCAACUCCGACCGCAACAAAGUCCUGAGGUAUUUUGACUAUGUCUUCACUGGCGUCUUCACCUUCGAGAUGGUUAUCAAGAUGAUUGAUCAGGGCUUGAUACUGCAAGAUGGUUCCUACUUCCGAGACCUCUGGAAUAUCCUGGAUUUCAUCGUGGUGGUGGGAGCGCUGGUGGCUUUCGCCUUGGCGAAUGCUUUGGGGACCAACAAGGGCCGGGAUAUCAAGACCAUCAAGUCUCUCCGUGUGCUACGGGUCUUGAGGCCCCUGAAAACCAUCAAGCGACUGCCCAAGCUGAAGGCCGUCUUUGACUGUGUGGUGACUUCCCUCAAGAACGUCUUCAACAUCCUCAUCGUCUACAAGCUCUUCAUGUUCAUCUUUGCUGUCAUUGCCGUCCAGCUCUUCAAGGGGAAGUUUUUCUACUGCACUGACAGCUCUAAGGACACGGAGAAGGACUGCAUAGGGAACUAUGUGGACCACGAGAAGAACAAGAUGGAAGUGAAGUGCCGGGAAUGGAAACGCCAUGAGUUUCACUACGACAAUAUCGUCUGGGCUUUGCUCACCCUGUUCACAGUCUCCACCGGCGAGGGUUGGCCCCAGGUGCUGCAGCAUUCGGUGGACGUGACGGAGGAGGAUCGUGGGCCCAGCCGCAGCAACCGCAUGGAGAUGUCCAUUUUUUAUGUCGUCUAUUUUGUGGUCUUCCCUUUCUUCUUUGUCAACAUUUUCGUGGCUCUCAUCAUCAUUACGUUCCAAGAGCAAGGAGACAAAAUGAUGGAGGAGUGCAGUCUGGAGAAGAAUGAGAGGGCCUGUAUUGACUUUGCCAUCAGUGCCAAGCCCCUCACGCGGUACAUGCCCCAGAACCGGCACACCUUCCAGUACCGGGUCUGGCACUUUGUGGUCUCCCCAUCCUUCGAGUACACCAUCAUGGCCAUGAUAGCGUUGAAUACCGUGGUGCUGAUGAUGAAGUACUACUCUGCUCCAUACACCUAUGAGCUGGCCCUGAAGUACCUGAACAUUGCAUUCACCAUGGUGUUCUCCUUGGAGUGCGUCCUCAAGAUCAUUGCUUUUGGCUUCCUGAAUUAUUUCCGGGACACCUGGAACAUCUUUGACUUCAUCACCGUCAUCGGCAGCAUUACAGAGAUCAUCCUGACGGACACCAAGCUGGUGAACACCAGCAGCUUCAACAUGAGCUUCCUGAAGCUUUUCCGGGCUGCUCGGCUCAUCAAGCUGCUGCGCCAGGGUUAUACCAUCCGCAUCCUGCUCUGGACGUUCGUGCAGUCCUUCAAGGCUCUCCCCUACGUCUGCCUUUUGAUAGCCAUGCUUUUCUUCAUCUAUGCGAUCAUUGGGAUGCAGGUUUUCGGCAAUAUCAAACUAGAUGAAGAAAGCCACAUUAACCGGCACAACAACUUCCGCAGCUUCUUGGGCUCCCUCAUGCUCCUCUUCAGGAGUGCCACGGGAGAGGCGUGGCAGGAGAUCAUGCUGUCCUGCCUGGAGGGCAAAGGCUGCGAGCCAGACACAACGGCGACAUCCGGGCAGAAUGAGAAUGAGCGCUGUGGCACCGACCUGGCCUACGUUUACUUCGUCUCCUUCAUCUUCUUCUGCUCUUUCCUUAUGCUCAACCUGUUUGUGGCGGUCAUCAUGGACAAUUUUGAAUACCUGACUCGGGAUUCCUCCAUCCUGGGACCUCACCAUCUAGAUGAGUUUGUCCGGAUCUGGGCAGAGUAUGACAGAGCAGCGUGUGGCCGAAUCCAUUACACUGAGAUGUAUGAAAUGCUGACUCUUAUGUCACCACCGCUAGGCCUCGGCAAGAGAUGUCCUUCCAAAGUGGCCUAUAAGAGACUGGUGCUGAUGAACAUGCCUGUGGCUGAGGACAUGACGGUCCAUUUUACCUCCACCUUGAUGGCGCUGAUACGCACGGCCUUGGACAUCAAAAUUGCAAAAGGUGGUGCAGAUUGGCAGCAGUUAGACUCUGAGCUUCAAAAGGAGAUCCUGACCAUUUGGCCUCACCUGUCCCAGAAGAUGCUUGACCUGUUGGUACCUAUGCCAAAAACCUCUGACCUGACUGUUGGCAAAAUAUACGCAGCCAUGAUGAUCAUGGAUUACUACAAACAGAGCAAAGCGAAAAAGCAGCGGCAGCAGCUGGAGGAGCAGAAAAACGCCCCCAUGUUCCAGCGCAUGGAGCCGUCCUCCUUGCCGCAGGAAAUCAUCUCGAACGCGAAGGCUCUGCCCUACCUCCAGCAGGACACCCUCUCAGGCCUGAGCAGCCGGAGCGGGUUCCCCUCGCUAAGCCCGCUCUCACCGCAGGAGAUCUUCCAGCUGGCGUGCAUGGAUCCAGCCCACGGGCAGUUCCAGGAGCACCAGUCUCUGGUGGUGACGGACACCAGCUCAAUGCGGCGAUCAUUUUCCACCAUCCGGGACAAGCGCACCAACAGCUCCUGGCUGGAUGAGUUCUCCAUGGAGCGCAGCAGUGACAACACCUACAAGUCCCGCCGGCGCAGCUACCACUCCUCGCUCCAGCUCUCUGCCCGGCGCCUCAACACCGACUCGGGCCACGGGUCCGACGGGCAUCGCUCAGGCGGCAGGGAGCGGGGCCGAUCCAAAGAGCGCAAGCACUUGCUGUCCCCUGAUAUCUCCCGCUGCAACUCUGAGGAGAGGAGUCCCCAGGCGCAUGACGAGUCACCGGAGCGGCGGCGCGAGUCCCGGUCACCCAGCGAGGGCAGGUCGCAGACACCCAACAGGCAGGGAACGGGCUCCCUGAGUGAAAGCUCCAUCCCCUCCAUCUCGGACACCAGCACCCCCCGGCGAGGCCGUCGCCAGCUCCCACCGGUGCCCCCCAAGCCGCGUCCCCUCCUCUCCUACGCCUCCAUGCUGCGGCACACCGGAGAUGCCUCGCUGCCCGCCGAGGAGAGCGAGGGGGGGUCCCCGCUUCUCUCCACUCUGGAGCCCAAUGCUGCUGGCCUGACCGAGUCUUCCAGCUCCCCGGUGGGGAAGCAGAGCCGACAGUCCACCCCGCAACGCUACAUCUCGGAGCCCUACCUGGCCCUGCACGACGACUCGCACGCCUCAGACUGCGGUGAGGAGGAGACGCUCACCUUCGAGGCGGCCGCCGCCACCCGUCCUGCAUCCCCUAUCUUGGUGCCUGGGGGCAAGCCGUGCCCCAUGAAGCUGUGGGGAAGGUCCCUGGUGCUGGCUGGUGGCAUGGGCAUCUCCUGUCCCCUUCUGGGCAUCGCCUGUCCCCUUCCAGCCAUCUGUGAGCAGUUCGUGGCUUCAACCUGA